AUCUCAGACGUUUAGAUUACGAUUUCCUUCUGAAAAAAUUCCAAAAAAAGAAAAAAGAAUGUCAGCUAAAUCUAAACCAUUUAAUAAGAAAGGCAAAUCAAGCGCUAAUCAAACUAUCGAUUCCAAUUCCAGCCCGCACAAUAGUAGCAAUACAUCAAGUCAACAGCAUAAUCUUGAUGAUAUAAAAUGGCUGAUGUAUUUGGAAGCACAUAAACGUGUUAAAGAUAAUGAGGCCAACAUUAAGCGUCAGGUUGAGUUGGCUAACAAAAACCUGGAGGAAAAUAUGCUGAAUUAUAACAUUUUGUAUGCAAAGUUUGCCUCUCUUUUAAAACUUUCUGCUUUGCAUGAAAUUCUACAACGUGAUACCGAGAUAGAACUACCGUUGGAAGAGACUGAAAAGGCUGUAGAGAACAUAAAAAGCAAAUUAAAUUCUAAUACUGCUACCGGAUUAAUUAACAUCACGGAAUUGGAGAAAUUUAAGAAGCUACUCGAUGGAGCAGAAGAUCACGAAAACAUAAGUGUUCACCGCUCUCAAGUGGAGGAUUUAAAAAAUACUUAUGAAAGCAUACAGUUAACAGCGGAAUCCAUUAAAGCGUCAUUAGAUGUCUCUAUCACUCAAGGUAUAGACUAUUUCGUUGAACAAAUAAACCUACCAAAUGCAAAAAAUUGA